AUUCUAGCCAUGAUUUGGCAUCUUAAUAUUGAUUUGGGCUGAAUUUAUGAUGAUAAUAAUAAUAAACGCUUAAAAGUUCAUACAAAAUCUAAAUAAUGACUGACAAAAGCUUAAAUCACAUUAACUUUAUGGUGUUAAUUAGUAUGACCUUAUGCCUUAGAUGAAUUAGCUCUUAUCCUCACGAAUUCUGCUGAAUUUCUUGUGGGGGUUAUUGAAGUUUCAGUUUUUAUUUCACAGCUUGCAGGCAAUUCAGUGUUUCAACUUCCAAAUAUCAAUGGCUCUUCAGCUUCAUGUUCCUGUUUGUGCUGGGCUCUUGAAGUCAAGGUCAAGGGUAUGCUCACUGCCACAGCGAAAAGUGAGUACCUUUGCUACUCUUUCGCAACCCCGAAGCGAUUCAGGGAACUGGGUUGAAGCUACAAACACUUUCUUCCUCCAAGACAAACGACCCAUCAUGUUGUUUGACGGUGUCUGCAACUUGUGUAAUGGUGGUGUCAAGUUCGUUCGUGAUAACGAUCGGAAUAAAACAAUCAGAUAUGAAGCUCUUCAAAGUGAAGCUGGUAAAAUGUUACUUAGGAGAUCAGGAAGGGCUCCUGAUGACAUCUCAAGUGUUGUUCUUGUUGAAAAAGACAGAUCAUACAUCAAGUCAGAAGCUGUAUUGAAGAUAAUGGAGUACAUAGACUUGCCCUUUCCUCAGCUUGCUGCACUUCUUAAAUUAGUGCCUCUGUUUGUGAGGGAUUUUGUUUAUGACAAUGUUGCAGACAAUCGUUACAAUGUUUUUGGUCGUUCAGAAUCAUGCGAAAUAUAGCACUGUCUUGCAUUAAUAUAUACUGGCAAUAAUAUGCUAUGUUUAGAAAAUAGAGUUCUUUGUUGUUAAUAUCAUUAUAGAACUAUAGUAGUAGAAUAUUCUCAAUUGAAGCACCAAAGUUUCCUCAAAUCUUUCAGUUUAAUUUUUCUGUAUACUGCAUAGCAGGAAGUUUUACCUAUUGAUUUAUAUAAUAUAGAUGGAAAGAAGAAAAUCAAUUCAUAACAAUACUAUAGUUGCAAUUUCAAGUUCAGUCUUGUUCUGAAUAAUAAGGAAGGAUUGUAAAAGUAACAACUAACAAGUGUCAAAUAUAUUAUGUGCCGUAAAUAUAUGUAAAGUAACCACAUAAAAAUGUAUUCCAAUAAGUUUCUGUGUUCUGGUUUAACAAAUAACUUAAACCGAAACCUCAACUGAGUGAAAAAAUCUACAUACAACUGAUCCAAGAAGUAGAAGCAAAGAACAUUGUGAAUAAAUGGUAACUAAUGCACUUGAAUACUAUUUUACAUCCCAUAAAUGAGGUCAACAUUAUAUUCAAUAAGUUUCUCAAGCCUUGUAUGUGGGAAGCCAAAGGCAUACACUGAUUUGAUACACGUGUAGCUAGCAAGCAUGUCAAAUAAUUUCAUGCUGCAGUUUGGCUGCUAUUUCUUCUGGAUUGAGCAGGAAUAAUACAAUCAUGCCCUGCAAUGAAGAAAGAGUUGCAGACUAGGACAUAUAUAGAGAGAGAGAGAGAGAAAGAGAGAGAGAUACAUGUGGAAGAAGUGGCUUUGGCGUGUGGAAUGAGGCAUUCAUCUUGGUGACUUUUUUAGGAAGGAAAAAUCCUCUGGCUUUCCUAUGUACAAUCUAGCUAGGCAAUAAGCAUAUCUGGCAAUAUGAGAUAUCAUCCAUUAAUUGAAUUACAUGAGUUUUAGAUGAAUUAAUUAAGAAAAAAAGAAAGGGAUUUAAUUUACUGACCCGAUGAGUAGGAUGAUGACAGAAGACACCAUGAAAAAGUA